UUGGCCGGCUUGUCGGUGCCAGGCGAGGCGUGGGAGGGAGGGAGAGAGGCGCGGUCAGCAGGCUGGAGAGUAUCGGAGUCCGUGUGACGCCUUGUCUCAGCUACAAGCGCUACCCAGUCCCUCUCGCUACUCAAACCCCGUGAUUCCUGCCUCAAGGGUGUGAAAAUUUAUGCCAGUGUCGAUUUAGAAGAAUUUUAAGAAGAAACAACCGGAUUUAUGUGACUUUUUACGUUUCUCGCUAAAGCUGUGAGGUGAAACUGAGUGUAAGGGAUGAUUGCUAGACAAGAAUCUCCAGUGCAUGUAGACUGUGAGGAUUGAAAUGUGUGGAUUGUACAAACCAAAAUACGAAAAGAGAUUGAAUAACGAAAAAUAAAUUACAUACUUGAUUGUUCAUUGUUUUCUCUCACCAAAGUUGUCUCAAGAACAAGAACGAAACAGUUUGAGAGCUCCCACGUAUCCACACAAUACAAAAAUGAACAAGAGUUACAAAGGCUGAUCAAGAAGUGUUUUUCCCCCAUUACAACAAUCAGAAGUGAAAUUUUGACCUUAACAAAUAAUUAAAGGAUAAAAAUGCAUCCUUGAUAUAGACUAAUAUAGAAUAUAGACUAACAAAACAAGCCAGAACAGUAAUAGAACAAAUGGGAAAUCUAGUUCUUUCCGCCAUCCAGCACAAGAAGAUAACUGACGAGGCUCAACACCAACUAUAAUUAUACACUGAACUGUUACCAUCUUCACCACCACCUCCACCGCCACCACCACUGACAGAAUGCAUGUGAUCGGGAUGACCACAAGAGGGAGAGACGCGGUGCAAAUGCGGCGGGCAGCUUGGCUUCUCCUUUAUCACCUCUGCACCGCCCUCUGUCUUCCUGCUAAAGCCUCACAUCUCUCUCAUCUUGCGAAUUUAGAAGAAGAAACACAACUGCAGGAAGAUUAUUUGCGUGAACUAGAUGAGAUUAUGCGAAGAGACACAGAUGGAAUAGAAGAUAUAAAGCAUGGAGGUUUUCAUAUUCCAGUGGGAGGAGGCUUGUUUGACGAGGCUACACCGAGAGAAAACAGAGUAAUAUUAGAAGUUUUAAGGGAAAGAAGAAAUAUGAAUGUUCCUUGCUUUGACAGAGAAAAGGCAGAAGAAUUAAAUGAGGGUAAACUAAGAGAAAAUAGAACAAUAUUAGAAGUUGUAAGGGAAAGAAGAGAUUUGAAUGCUCCUCGAGUUGGCAGAGUAAAGACAUUGGAAGAACGUUUACCAUACAACAGGACACUGAUAGAAAACGAAACAUUACAAGUUAUCAGUACAAAAUCUAAGACCGUACGGAAUUUUACAGAUAAGACUAACACAGAGAAUAAAAGGAAAAGAAGGAAGAUAUUAGGAAAACGUUUUGUAGAUGAUAUGAAAGACGCAAGCGACACAAGGCUAGCAGGAGCAAAAAUCAGGAAGAGAAGGACGUCUGGCGCCUUUCAAACACCCAAUAAGGAAGAGAACAGCGAUAAAUCUUUGGACGAGUCAAGACCAACAAGUUUAAGGAACGAGCUGAAGUGUCCGAUAAAGUCCUGCUCCUCCCGAGAUACCCCGCAAGACGGUGAUAUAGGACACAUGUCCCCGUGUAUGUGUGACGACCAAUGUUAUGUCUACGGGGACUGCUGCCACGACCACACCCUCGUCAACCACACAGCUCCUGCCCUGCGCCCGGCCUGCAUGUUACUGACUCCCACUGCUGGCCGGCAUUACGCUUAUCAUAGAUCUGUCUUUCUGGUGAACCGGUGCCCUGAAGGAUCGGAGCCUAACCUGAAGGACCGGUGUGAGGGCGAAGGAUCUCCCAGUUACCUCAAGGACAUUCCGGUAUUCUCCAAGACAACCGGUAUCGGAUAUGCCAAUAUAUUCUGUGCCUCUUGCCACACUGACACGGAUAUUCACAAGUACGAGAUGUCUGUAUCGUGCUUUGGUAAACUGAACGAUACCAGUGAUAUUGAGAACAUGAUCUACCACUCCGGGGAGUUACGAUGGUCCCUCUCUGAUGACGCCUCUGAAGACACUGGCGUAUGUCUCCUAGAUGUUGCUUACCCACCCUUUAUUGGCCGGUGGUGUCCGUCUGGGUUAGUCGACACGUGUCAAAAGAACUGGACGACUGAGGAGAACGUAAGAAGAUGCUCUGUUUAUAACUACUACGUGCAAUCAGGCGAUACAAUAUAUAAGAACAGACAUUGUGCUCUUUGUAACGGUGUACCGCAUGACAAGAUUUGGUGCCUCUCGCUUCUUCGAUUUGGUAAUACUCCUUCGUUUAAUGUGCCACCGUCCCUUUUGGAGUUAUUUGAGGUGCGAGGGGACUGCAAGGACGAUGAGGUGUGGGACGUGCUUAAUCGUCGCUGUGAACACGUUGCUUGUGGCUUUCUUUUCACUCUACAGGACGGGAAAUGCGAGAGAAGCAGUAAUACUGUACCAGAAGAUGGCCAGUCUUACCUCAACUCGUCUUGCUAUGUUGUGGAAUACAGCCAGAAAGUCUCCACUGCCUUCCCCAAUCAGAGUAUCUAUUUGAAUGAAACGCAGCGGCUCUAUCACUUCGGAGAGUAUGAGUUCAAUGGUUCGCUGAUCAAAGUUUGUGAUGAGAAGGAACGUUGGACGCCCUUCAUGCAUAUCCUGUCAUCUGUGCUUAUUCUUAUUUCUCUAGUGUGUUUAUUAGCGCACAUGGCAAUCUUCCUCCUGCUCCCAGAGAGACGGAAUAUUCCAAGUAUGACUUUUUCCAUGACUGUAUCUCUGUUCAUGGCGGAGUUCAUGUUCUUGACGUUCUUCCAGCUCAAGUUCAGCCAUGUCACCUGCAUCGUGUCGGGUGUUCUCAUGUACUACUUCCUCAGCGUGUCUUUUCUGUGGAUGAACGUGAUGAGUAUUGAUAUCUUUCGAACGUUCUACUACACCAGCAGUUACCGCACUAAAUCACGUAAGAUCUUCACUCAGUACUCCCUCUACGCGUGGAUCUUACCGAUAGGGGGCGUGACUUUGGCUCUGUUGGUGGAUGAGAUGUGGCCUGAUCUCGUUAUAGCUCCUCACUUCGGCACGGACACCUGUUGGCUUAAUAACAAAUGGGGUCAGGUCGCUUUUUUCACGCUUCCUUCUGGUAUGGUCAUUCUAGCUAACCUGGUUCUCUACAUGGUGUCCGUUCGUAAUAUCUACACCCAGAUUAAGAGUGGUGAGAUGGCGUCUUCCACCAUACGCAAAAGUGACGGGUCUAGCAAGUACAGCGGAGGGAACUUAAGGAUUUCAAUUGAUUCUUCUGGUAGGAGAGUCAACCGAGCGUCGAGCGAGAAAAGCAGCCAUGGAUCUGAGUCACCAAACUGCAAAGAGAGAAUUCGAAGCAGAUUCACUAACGGUUUCUUAAGGAAGCAUCGAGGAAGACUGAUUCUGUACUGCAAACUUGCUCUCAUUAUGGGCAUGACUUGGAUCUUCGCCUUCAUAUCCAUUCACACUAAGAGCAUCGUGUUUGAAUACCUCUUUAUCAUCUUCAACGGCCUGCAGGGAGCGUUUAUCUUCGUUGCCUUUGAUCUCAAGAAAAAAGUAUGGGAGGAUUUGUUAACCAAAACCAGAUGCUGCAAGAGACGUGGUGACUACAGCGUUGGAAACAAUUCAGGGAAAGUCACGGGUUCAUCAGAUGGGGGAUACAAGUCUAGGCCCUACAUGCAGAGAUUUAACGGCUGGCGAAAGCACUCUGCUUCUCUUGGAGCCAGCAGGAGCCAACCCUCACACUCCACAGCAGAGAUCGAGGUGUGAGGCUGAGGACAGAGGACGAUGAAUGAAAUAUGUUAGGUUCAGCAAGAUAGGAUGCUAAAGGUGGUGUCACGUGGCUGUCUGACUUGGCGGAGUAAUGCAGGACUUCUUAACUUUGCUGCUACAGAGGUACGUAACGAGCUACUUAAGUGUCACGCUUCAAAGGUGUCUAUAAUAAAGAGCUGUUUGGGUUCCUUGCUACAGAUUUACUGAAGUUUGUUAUUCCAAGGAUACUAAGCUACUCAAAAUGCAAAGAUACUUGGAAUCACUUCAGUUUCCAGCGACGGUCUUGCCUAAGUUUGUCGCCGUGCAGUCACUACGGAGCUACUCAAGUUAUUCAAGUUUGCAGAUCCGUAUUUACUUAUCACGGUGCUACUUAAGUCAACCGUUAGGAAAUCAGGGAAGGAGAAAGAAAGAAUGAAUAAAUACGCUUAUUUCUGUCAUCUUGUGUUAAAUGUACUCUACUGUUUGCAUGUAUAUAUAUACUAUGUGUGUAUGUAUGUAUGUAUGUAUGUAUGUAUGUGUGUGUGUACGUAUGUGUGUAUCCCCGAACCUUGUACUAAUCGUCGUACUUAAGUACAUGUAUGUACGUUUCUGAGUGUUAAGGUACGAAAUACAUGUAGCCAUAAACUCUUGGAAUCAACAUUAUCGUACAUAAGAUGACGGCAAAACGCAACUGUACCAUAUACUAUUUACUAACUAAACGUCAUAACGUGAUGUCAAUCCUGUAACGCAUUAGUAUGCUUGUUAUGGCUGUAACACGUUAAUUUAUCGACAUAUCGCUUAGGAUAGCGUCAAAUCACGUUUUUAAUUUCGCUCGCUGAAUGCAUGUUUCGUAUAGCUCAGAACAGUAAGAACAAAGCCUUAGUACGUUAGAAUUACAUUAAGCAUGUAGUACGAGUGUUUACGACUUUCCCUUAUAAAACCUCCAUGUAAAGUUUUCUGCGUUCCAUUACAUAUUCACCUUCCAUUCGCACUGCAUCCCUGAGAUCAUCACAUAAAUACUCUCCUAUCAUGUUAUCAUUAUUAUUUUGUCAUAUUAUUAGUAGUAUACACUAGUAAAGGUUAUUGUUGUUAGCGGUAACUCAUCUCUCGCAUCGCGACAAUUUCUUGCUGUUCAGUACGUAAUAUUGUAGUGAAUAAAAACUAAAAAAUUCA